CCAACACCAGCGGACUGUGUCCCAACGCGGAGAAAACAUGCAGAAGAUGCGCAGGCGGGUUCAGCUUCUGUGUGUUGUCCUCCUGGCGACCAUCCAGGUGUCAGUCAAGAGCUUCCCCACCAACAGUCAAAAAAGCGCAGUCCCCAACGGCAGGAGCACCUCGACCACGGAGGCAAUAUCUCAGGCCAGCCCGGGUGGCGAUGUGGAUGAGACUCUGGAGGACCUCCAGCAGCAGAACCAGCUGCAAAACCUGGCGUCCUCCACCCAGCCCUCCCAGAGACCCCGACGCCGGAACCACGGGGUUCURCCCAAACCAGAACCAGAGGAGGAACCAGAACCCUUCAUCCUGGACCUCAGGAACUUCCCUGAGCUGGCCAACGCAGACCUGGGAUCUCACAACCCUAACAUACAGGUAGAACCCUAACCCGCACACCCUAAGAUAA